AUGGAGCCUGGCUGCAGUGCUCCGAACCAUCCCCAAGUUGCUCCCUUUAACUUGAGAGGAAAAGCUCUGCAUGCAAUCUCUCCCAGGAAUUCAUGGAGAGUCAUGUGGGUCUUGAAGGUUUCCAGAUUGGAUACCAUUCGUGAAGGCAAAUCACUCUCAAUUGAGAAAUCGGAAGAUGUUCUGAUACCAGCUAAUGGAGUUUUCUCUGCUUGCUUUUAUUCCGUAGGUGAUAAUGCCUAUUGCUAUGCCAUAUGGUUCAAUAAGCCAUCCCGUGGGAAAAACCAAACUAUAAUCUGGAUGGCUAACCGUGAUCAGCCAGUUAAUGGAAGAAGCUCCAAGCUCUCUCUCCUCAAAAAUGGAAAUCUUCUCUUAACCGACGCUGGAAGGUUUACAGUUUGGGCAACAAACACUCAGUCACUCUCCUCAGUACACUUAUCUCUCUACAACACCGGUAAUCUUGUUGUACAAAACAUGGAAGGUGUAACUUUGUGGGAAAGCUUUGAUUUCCCAACAGACACUCUUCUUCCCCAACAACUACUUACAAGAAGCACAAGGCUCGUCUCCUCCAGAAGCCAGACAAACUAUUCCUCUGGUUUUUACAAGCUCUAUUUCGAUAACGACAACAUUCUCCGCCUUCUUCAUGACGGUCUUGAGGUUUCUAGCGUUUACUGGCCGGAACCGGGGGUCGUGAGCUGGCAAGCUGGAAGGUUCACCUACAACAGCAGUCGGAUUGCAGUGCUUGAUACCUUCGGGAACUUCAGCUCUUCUGAUAAUUUUACUUUCAUGGAAGCCGAAUAUGGGCUGGAGCUUCAGAGAAGACUGAAUAUGGAUUACGACGGUUGUAAUGCCCCAAACCCAGAUGGCUUGAAGAAUUACUAUUUUAAUGGGUUUAUGUUUUAA